AUGGGUGGGUGGAAGCUAGAGACUGGGCGAUUUGCUCUGAUGGUCGGAUUUCCAGUUGUUGCGUUUUGGCUCUUCAAUCAACCGUCGCUUUUUAAGACUUUUAUGAAGGGAUACAAAGUCCCUGAUAGUCGAGAAGGUGAUGAUGCUAUAGCGCAAUGGAAAAAGCAGCUUCUAGCUCAGAAAAGGAAGGAGGAGUACGAGAACUUUCUCCGUGAACAAAUGGCAUUCGAGGAGGCUCGUCGCCUUCGAGAGCAGCAAACUGCAUAG